UCCGUUCGGGCUGGUUCAGGGAGCGCCGCGGCAGAGCUGCAGUUAGGACUCAAACUCAAGUUGAUGCUAGUUAGCUUCUCCGCCAGGUAGCAACAGCUGUGUGUGGACGCUGCGUGGGAUGCGACGCGUGGACUAAAUCAAUUUAAUCGCCUCCGCUUGCUGCGUUUCGCUGAGCAAACCUUACCUCGACUGCCGGAGGACGCCUCGCGCCUGGAGUAUCAUCGGGGGCCGCUGUAUCUAUGCUAGCUAGCUUUGUAACGCUAGCCGUUAGCCAUUAGCAUGCUGACGACCACCUCGCAUCCUCAGUCACGACUAACUGAGUGCUAGCUGAGUGGCUCAUAACUUCUCACCGCUUUCUGUGGAAAAAAAAAACCAAACUCCUCGAGUGGAGGUAUGGCGGUGCACCCAGUGUCUGUAGAAAGCUACCAGUUCGCCUGCCCAGCUCGCCGAGGAGCGGCUAGCGGCUAGCAGCGUAACUUUGCUCUCACGGUGUCACUCAGAAGCUGCACUUCCUCACCGGCCGACCGCUCGUUACCUGAAGCAAGCUGGCGGCCCUUCGAGUAGAGCCCGAGGACAAGGAGCUGGGGUCCAUGGUCUGGGUGCUAAAGAUGGACGACGCCACCAUCGAGUCGGGGCUGGUGCACGACUUCGAUGCCAGCCUGUCCGGCAUCGGACAGGAGCUGGGAGCAGGAGCCUACAGCAUGAGUGAUGUGCUGGCUCUGCCCAUCUUCAAGCAGGAGGACUCCAGCCUUCCUCCGGAAAACGAGACCAAAAAUCCCCCAUUCCAGUAUGUGCUGUGCGCCGCCACCGCUGCUGUCAAGCUGCACGACGAGACACUCACAUACCUAAAUCAAGGCCAGUCUUAUGAGGUGCGUAUGUUGGACAACAGGAAGCCCGAAUUACCAGAACUCAACAACAAGAUGGUGAAGAGCAUCGUGCGAGUCGUGUUUCACGACCGCCGGCUGCAGUACACGGAGCACCAGCCUGAGGGCUGGAAGUGGAAUCGUCCGGGUGACCGUCUCCUUGACAUCGAUAUCCCAAUGUCUGUGGGCAUCGUGGAGCCCAAGACUCAUCCCUCCCAGCUCAACGCAGCGGAGUUUCUGUGGGACCUGAAUAAAAGAACGUCUGUGUUUGUGCAGGUGCAUUGCAUCAGCACGGAGUUCACUCCCAGAAAGCACGGCGGGGAGAAGGGCGUCCCCUUCAGGAUCCAGAUCGACACCUUCGCCCUGGGAGACGGCGGCGAGUACACAGAGCACCUCCACUCCGCCUCCUGCCAAAUCAAAGUCUUCAAGCCAAAAGGGGCCGACCGCAAGCAGAAGACGGACAGGGAGAAGAUGGAGAAACGCACAGCUCAAGAGAAGGAAAAGUACCAACCUUCGUAUGAUACCACUAUUUUGUCAGAGACGAGGCUCGAGCCCAUCAUCGAAGAUGCCGGUGACCACGAGCUGAAGAAGUCCAGCAAGCGGACACUCCCCGCUGACUGUGGCGACUCCUUGGCCAAGAGAGGCAGUUGCUCCCCGUGGCCAGACAACGCCUACGCCAGCACCAACCAGGCAGCUACUCCCUCCUUCACCUCCACACCGCUGUCCACCUACACAACUUCCUCAGUGCUGGACAGUGACUCGUCCUCUCCCAAUCACCAGGCAGACCCUGGCAGCCAUGGCAACUCUGAGCAGUUGAGCCCCACUGCAUCCAUCCAGGACACACAGAAGUGGCUGCUGAAAAACCGAUUCAGCUCCUACACGAGGCUCUUCUCUCACUUCUCAGGUUCUGAUUUGUUGAAGCUAACCCGGGACGACCUGGUCCAGAUUUGUGGUCCAGCAGAUGGGAUCAGACUCUUUAAUGCACUCAAAUCCAGGUCUGUGCGUCCCAGGUUGACUGUGUACGUCUGUCAGGAGUCUCCUCAGGAGAGCCCCCUGCUGGAGAGACAAGGCGCCAACGAAAACGGAGAACACAGCCUCUCUUCUAGUUUACAUGUGUACCACGCUCUGUAUCUAGAGGAGCUCACAGCCGCAGAGCUCAUCCGCAAGAUGGCGUGCGUGUGCAGCCUUCCACUGGGAAAAAUCAACCAGGUGUACAGACAGGGUCCCACAGGUAUACACAUCCUGCUAAGCGACCAGAUGGUUUACAACUUGCCUGACGAGAGCUGUUUUUUGAUCAGCACCGUCAAAGAUGAGUUGGGCGAAGGACUCCAUCUAAUCCUGAAGUAGUGAGGAGGACAGACGGCGUCGCUGAUACUCCGCCCUCUGUCUCUGGAGCAGGAGCCUCCCUCUGUCCCCCUCCGCCUGCCUCUGUUGUCGUCUUCUACUCUCCUCCCCGUCUCUCUUCAAACGAUCGUCGUACGGAAAGCCGAGAGACUUCGCUAAAGCCGUGUAAAUGUUAGAAUCUGACAUGGGUGUGUCCACUGUUUCAUAUUGAAAACAUUAUUACCGGAGGAGAUGAGUUUAAAAG